AUGGUUUUGAGCUGUUUGUGUUUUGAGGUUCUAUGAGCCAGUACUGAAGUGGUAUCACGGCAGGCCUUAAGCCUUCCGGUAGUCACAAGUUGAGUCAUUAUGUGGGGUUGCAAAAGGUUCUGGUUACUCUUCAUUGUUUUACUGUAUUUAAAAGAUGGAAGGGCAUUUGGAGUGUGGCGUAAAAGGCCUGCACAGGAUUGGUACAGCGUUGUUGCCAAGACCCCUCUGGAUCAGCUUCAGGAAACUGCCUCCUUUCCUAAUGGAGCCCAAACUUCCACAGCCACGAGGGAUGAAAAUGAAACUAAUGCUGGAGGUUUGCAAACUAGCAUAGCCUCUCAGGCAGGCUUAUCUUCAUCUGAAGCCCUGACAAAUGGCUCUUUUGGUCAAUACAAGCCGGUAUUCCAAACUGUUCAAGGUUCCCAAAGUCAGAACAUUGUUUCAUAUGUUCAAGCCACAUCUAAUCAGGAUGUUCCAUCUCCUGGGCCUCAGAACAUCUAUGGGGCUCAAUCUUCUGGACAAUCAAGCUAUCUUUCUUCAGUGAACCUGCAGUCUGGUAACACUGUCCAUUCACCCUUGCACCAGCAAAGUCCCCCACAACAAUUUGCCAGCACUUUCCAAACUAGGCCUCUUGUGAUGCUCUUGUCUCCACCCCAGAGUUCAGGAGGUGAGUUGGCUUCAGCCUCUCCUCAAAGUAGCUAUGGUUCUCAAUAUUCUAGCACCAGUCAAUAUGCUUUACAGGGAGUGGGCCAAAGUGUGAGUCAUCCCCAGAUACAGGCAAGGCUCAAUACUCUGUUUGGUCAAAGUCCCAGUAGGCCUCUUGGUGCAACAUCUGCCCAACAAAGCAGAGGUUCUAACAGCUCGUCAUCUGAAGGGACAAGUGUAUUUCAGAGCAGUCAGCCCCAGCAAAAUGCUAGCUCUUACAGUGGUUCUCAAAGGCAAAGCUCAAUGGGCUAUGGGCUGUCUCAAGGGCUUGCAAGCCAGUAUGGUGGAGGUCAAUCAAGCUCUGCCCCUGCUUUUGUGGCUCAGCAGGCCUCUGAGAGUGCAACGUUCAAUGGUUCUACUUCUAGUACUUCAAGCUCCUACAGUGGUUUUCAACACCAAACCUCAACUGGCUAUGGGUUGUCCCACUGGCUUGCCAGUCGCUAUGGUAGCUUUCAGACGCAAGACGGAAGCCAUCUGAGCUCUGCCCCUGCAUUAACUGUGACCCAACAGGCUUCAGAGACUGGAAUGUCCAGUGGCCCUACUACCUCUGGUAUGUCUUCCAGCUCCCACAGUGGUUCUCAAAGCCCAUCUACCUAUUGGCUGUCACUAGGACUUUCCAGCCCCUAUGGUAGUUUCCAGACACAGCAUGGCAUAAACCAGCAUGGUUCUGUGCCUGGAUUGUCUGUGAUCCAGCCGGCCUCAGAGAGUGCAAUGUCCAGUGGUUCUACUUCUAGUACUUCAGGCUCCUACAGUGGUUCUCAAAGCCAAGGCUCAACUUUCUAUGGGGUGUUUCAUGGACUUUCCAGCCCUUAUAGUAGUUUCCAACCACAGCAAGGCAUAAACCAACUUGGCUCUGCCCCUGCAUUAACUGUACCCCAGCAGGUGUCUGAAGAUGCCACAACAGCUAAUGGCUCCUCCACCUCCAGUUUAUCAAGCUCCUACACUGGUUCCCAAAGCCCAGCAGCCUACUGGCUGUCACUAAGACUUUCCAGCCAGUAUGUUGGUUCCCAGGGACAGCAAGGUGUAAACCAGCUUGGAUCCAUGAUCCGGCCAGCCCCUGAGAGUGCAGUGUCCAGUGGUUCUACUUCUAGUACUUCAAGCUCCUACAGUGGCUCUCAAAGCCAAGGCUCAAGUGGGUAUGGGCUGUCUCAAGGGCUUGUCAGCCAGUAUGGUGGUCAAUCAAGCUCUGUCCCUGCUUUAACUGUGAUCCAACAGGCCUCUGCAAGUGCAGUGUUGAAUGGUUCUACAACUUCAAGCUCCUACAGUGGCUCUCAAAGUCCAGGCUCAACUGUCUAUGGGCUAAAUCAAGUGCUUGCCAGCCCAUAUGGUAGCUUCCAAACACAGCAAGGCACAUUUCAACUGAGCCCUGCCCCUGCAUUAACUGUAACCCAGCAGGCAACUGAAGGUGCUACAACAGCUAAUGGCUCCUCCACCUCCAGUUUGUCAAGCUCCUACACUGGUUCCCAAAGCCCAACUGCCUACUGGCUGUCACUCAGCCGAAUUGUUGGUUCUGAGACACAGCAAGGUGUAAACCAUCUUGGAUCUGUGCCUGGAUUAACAGUGAUCCAGCCGGCCUCUGAGAGUGCAAUGUCCACUGGUUCUACUUCUAGUACUUCAAGCUCCUACAGCGGUUCUCAAAGCCAAAGUGCAUCAGGCUAUGGGCCAUCUCGAGGGUUUUCCAAUCCCGAUGAUGGUUCUCGGACACCGGAAGGCAUACAACUGUUGAGCUCUGCCCCUGCCUUAACUGUGAACCAGCAAGCCUCUGAAAGCACAUCUCAUGGCUCUAGUAAUUCCAAUACUUCAAGUACCUACAGUGCUUCUCAAAGCCAUAGUUUGUCUCAAGGGCUUGCUGGCAGCUCUCUUGGUAUACCAAGCCAAAGUGUUCAGAAACUGGGGGCCUUCAAUCAGCUGGUUCCUGCUCGGUGUUUUGGUCAGCAACCUUGUAAAAAGACUGUGUUCAGUGGCUCAUCUUCCAAUUUUUUCCCCAAGCUUUCCUGGUAGUCAAAGCUCAAUGGGCUAUAUCUUCACUUGAAACCUUGACUGUCAGGUUACAUUUCAAGGGACUCCUGCCCUGUUCAACUUGAUAAAGCAGAGUGUCUAGUGAAUUAUGAAAUGCUUGCCUUGUCUGUCUAAAUUAUCUAUUAAAGCAUCCUUGUUGUAUUCUGAA